UUCAUCAAAAUAAAUCCGAGGUGGUGGCAGCUUGCCGUGCACUUGUAUAUAAGUCGACCAAUUUCAUAAUUUACGAACAGUUUGCAAACGAAUUUAUAUAUAGGCAGUAUGUCUAUUAAAUUAAAAGCAAACGUUAAUAAUCCGCCCAUCAGUGGCUUGGCAACGGCGCAUUUGAUCAACCCAUCAGUGCCUGUGGAAAUUGUUUGGAGUAAGGAGACUUCGCUACAGUUCCCGGACAACCGUGUCCUGGUUUGUCACUCGAACAAUGACGUCUUGCGGGCGCUGGCACGUGCAGCACCGGACUAUAAGCUCUAUGGCGAAACGGCCAUUGAACGCACACAAAUCGAUCACUGGCUUUCGUUCUCGCUGACAUGCGAGGAUGACAUCUCUUGGGCCAUGUCCUUCCUGGACAAGUCCAUUGCGCCAGUCACUUACCUGGUAGCCAAUAAGUUGACUAUAGCUGACUUCGCGCUAUUCAACGAGAUGCAUUCGCGUUAUGAAUUCCUCUCGGCGAAGGGCAUUCCACAGCACGUGCAGCGCUGGUAUGAUCUGAUCAACGCACAGCCACUGAUCCAAAAGGUUCUGAAAUCUUUGCCGGAGGAGGCACGUGUCAAGCGUAGCACAAGCGAACCCGCAGCAAAGAGCGGCGAGCGCAAGCAGGAAGGCAAAUUCGUCGAGCUGCCUGGCGCUGAGAUGGGCAAGGUUGUGGUACGAUUCCCUCCAGAGGCCUCUGGGUAUUUGCACAUUGGACACGCCAAGGCGGCGCUGCUUAACCAAUACUACGCACUGGCCUUCCAGGGAAAGCUAAUUAUGCGCUUCGACGACACAAAUCCUGCCAAAGAGACUGUAGAGUUCGAAAACGUCAUACUUGGAGAUCUGGAACUGUUGCAGAUCAAGCCGGAUGUGUUCACGCACACUUCCAACUAUUUUGAUCUCAUGCUUGACUACUGUGUUCAAAUGCUGAAAGAGGGCACGGCCUAUGUAGAUGAUACGCCGCCCGAGCAAAUGAAGCUGGAGCGUGAGCAGCGCAUCGAAUCGGCAAACCGUUCGAACUCUGUUGAGAAGAAUCUAGCCAUGUGGCAGGAAAUGGUGCAGGGCACCGAGGCUGGCCAAAAGUGCUGCGUGCGGGCCAAGAUUGACAUGUCCUCGCCCAAUGGCUGCAUGCGUGAUCCGACAAUCUAUCGUUGCAAGAAUGAACCACAUCCGCGCACAGGCACCAAAUACAAGGUCUAUCCCACUUACGACUUUGCCUGCCCCAUUGUGGAUGCCAUUGAGAACGUGACGCACACGCUGCGUACCAUGGAGUACCAUGAUCGUGACGAUCAGUUCUAUUGGUUUAUUGAUGCACUUAAACUGCGCAAGCCAUACAUUUGGGAAUACAGUCGGCUCAAUAUGACGAAUACGGUGCUCUCGAAGCGUAAGCUUACUUGGUUCGUGGAGUCGGGCCUGGUCGAUGGUUGGGACGAUCCACGUUUCCCCACGGUGCGCGGCAUCAUUAGACGCGGAAUGACAGUCGAAGGACUCAGGGAGUUCAUCAUUGCACAAGGUAGCAGCAAAUCUGUGGUGUUUAUGAAUUGGGACAAGAUCUGGGCCUUCAACAAGAAGGUUAUCGAUCCCAUUGCACCGCGUUACACCGCGCUGGACUAUGAUAAACGCAUCAUUGUGAAUGUGGCCGGUGCCAAGUUGGAAAAGGUUCAAGUGCCAGUGCAUCCCAAGGAUGAGAAGCUCGGCACGAAGACCGUCACAUUGGGUCCGCGCAUAUACAUCGACUAUGUGGACGCUGAGGCUCUCAAAGAGGGCGAGAAUGCCACAUUCAUCAACUGGGGCAAUUUGCUCAUCAAGAAAGUCCACAGAGAUGCCAGUGGCGCAAUCACCUCCGUGGAUGCCGCGCUCAAUUUGGACAACAAAGACUUCAAGAAGACGCUAAAACUCACCUGGUUGGCAGUAGAGGACGAUGCCACGGCGUAUCCACCCACGUUUUGUGUUUACUUUGACAAUAUUAUUAGCAAAGCGGUUCUGGGCAAGGAUGAGGACUUUAAGCAAUACAUUGGCCACAAGACGCGCGAAGAAGUCCAGAUGCUUGGCGAUCCAGAGCUCAAGAAAUGCAAAAAAGGCGACAUCAUUCAACUGCAACGUCGCGGCUUCUUCAAGGUGGACAACGCCUAUGCACCUCCCAGUCCGUACACAAAUGUCACCUCACCCAUCAUUCUCUUCUCCAUUCCCGAUGGCCAUACUAAAGAUAUGCCCUCAUCUGGCCUGAAGAUCAAUGCAGGCCCAGCGCCAGUUGCGAAAACGAAUGCGACCAGCAAUAAAACUGCCAACGUUGCAUCCGAUAAAGCCGCUGAUUUGGAUAAACAAAUUGUUCAGCAGGGCGAUCUGGUGCGUGAGCUAAAGGCUAAAAAGGCAGCGAAAGACCAAAUCGACGUUGCAGUUAAGCAGCUGCUCAGCCUGAAAGCCGACUACAAGGCAGCCAGCGGAAAGGAUUGGAAGCCUGGCCAGGCACCAGCAGCUAUGGCACCAACAAGUGUUGCUCCAGCUGCUGCUGGCGAUGCAGCCAGUGUCAAUGCGAGCAUUGUGAAGCAGGGAGAUUUAGUGCGCGAGCUGAAGAGCAAGAAGGCAGCUAAGCCAGAGAUUGAUGCGGCUGUCAAGCAAUUGCUGGAGCUAAAAGCUCAAUAUAAAACUCUGACUGGGCAGGAUUGGAAACCAGGAACCGUAGUUGCAGCUGCAGCAGCGCCAGCGCCAGCUGCACCUGCAGCUUCAGCUUCCGCGUCCUCAGACAUUUCUGCAGUGCUGGCUCAAAUCUCAGCUCAAGGCGAUAAAGUGCGCGAACUGAAGGCAGCCAAGGCUGAUAAGGCCACCAUCGAUGCAGCCGUAAAGACGCUGCUCAGCUUGAAGGCGGACUACAAGCAGCUCAGCGGCAGCGAUUGGAAGCCAGGCACGACAGCGCCGGCCGCCAUCAAAGUUAAGCAGGAGAAGUCGCCGGAACCGGCAGCUGCCACUGCCGUAGCCAACUUGCUGAACAAGAUCACGCAGCAGGGCGAUAAGAUUAGACAACUAAAGUCUGCCAAGUCGGAAAAAUCGCUGGUCGAUGCUGAAGUUAAGCUGCUGUUGGCUCUAAAGACCGACUACAAGAGUCUUACGGGUCAGGAAUGGAAGCCAGGCACCGUAGCGCCAAUAACUGCCCCAGUCGCUACCGUGGAUCUGACUGCUGAGGAGGCAGGCAGUGGUGGUGAGGUUGGCAGUGUCUUGUCUAAAAUCAAAGAGCAGGGUGAUAAAAUACGUCAACUAAAGUCAGCUAAAGCAGCCAAGGCAGCCAUCGAUCCGGAGGUGCAGAAGCUGCUCGCUCUGAAGGCAGAGUACAAAACUUUAACUGGCAAAGAUUGGACACCUGACGCCAAGGUCGAGGUUAAGGUGGAGAUUAAAACUGAGGUGGCUGCGUCUGCCAGUGAUCAGCUGACGUUGGACAUCAAUGCUCAGGGCGAAAAGGUGCGUGCCGCCAAGAGCAGCAAUGCUGCCAAAGAGAUUAUUGACGAAGAGGUCCGUAAGCUGCUGGAAUUGAAAGCCAAAUACAAGGAGGUAACCGGCACCGAUUUUCCCGUGGCUGGCCGCGUUGGUGGCGGCAGCUCUGCUAAGAAGGCAGCCAAAGAACCGCAGCAAAAGGCGGCGAAGCCGGCCAAAAAACCUGCGCCAGCUGCACCUAAACCGGACUCUUCAAGUGGUGUAAAGAAACAAACCCGAUUGGGCCUGGAAGCCACGAAGGAGGAUAACCUGCCUGACUGGUACUCGCAGGUGAUAACCAAGGGUGAAUUGAUAGAGUACUAUGAUGUUUCCGGUUGCUAUAUACUGCGUCACUGGUCCUUUGCGAUUUGGAAGGCGAUCAAGAACUGGUUCGAUGCGGAAAUCACGAGCAGGGGUGUCAAGGAGUGCUACUUCCCAAUCUUUGUCUCGAAAGCGGCGCUGGAGCGUGAGAAGGAUCAUAUUGCUGACUUUGCACCGGAAGUGGCAUGGGUGACCAAGUCAGGUGAUUCGGACUUGGCCGAACCAAUCGCAGUGCGUCCUACCUCUGAAACGGUCAUGUAUCCCGCCUACGCUAAGUGGAUACAAUCCUAUAGAGAUUUGCCCAUUCGCCUCAAUCAGUGGAAUAAUGUUGUGCGUUGGGAAUUCAAGCAUCCUCAGCCGUUCCUGCGCACUCGUGAGUUCCUCUGGCAGGAGGGUCACACGGCGUUUGCCACCAAGGAGGAGGCCGAUAAGGAAGUGCUAGAAAUCUUGGAUCUGUACGCGCAGAUCUAUACAGAUCUGCUGGCCAUACCCGUGGUGAAGGGACGCAAGACCGAAAAGGAGAAGUUUGCUGGCGGCGACUACACCACAACAGUGGAGGCCUUCAUUUCGGCUUCGGGCCGUGCUAUACAGGGUGCGACCAGUCAUCACUUGGGUCAAAACUUCUCCAAAAUGUUUGAGAUUGUCUACGAGGAUCCGGAAACGCAGCAGAAAACAUAUGUGCAUCAGAACUCGUGGGGCAUCACCACGCGCACCAUUGGCGUCAUGAUUAUGGUGCAUGCGGACAAUCAGGGUCUGGUGCUGCCUCCGCAUGUGGCAUGUGUGCAGGCUAUUGUCGUUCCGUGUGGUAUUACGGUUAACACUAAAGAUGAGGAGCGAGCCGAGUUGUUGGGCGCCUGCAAAGAGCUGGAACGCCGUUUAAGCGGCUCUGGCGUGCGCUGUGAGGGCGACUAUCGCGACAAUUAUUCGCCUGGCUGGAAGUUCAACCACUGGGAGCUGAAAGGUGUGCCGAUUCGCAUCGAGCUGGGUCCCAAGGACAUGCAGGCGAAGCAAAUUGUGGCCGUGCGACGUGAUACCGGUGAGAAAUUAACCAUUGCCAUGGCCGACGUGGAAAAGAAGAUUCCUGCCCUUCUGGAAACCAUUCACGGAAGCAUGCUCAACAAGGCGCAGUUGGAUCUGGUGUCGCACACAAAGCUCGUCAAGUCUUGGACCGACUUCUGCGGCCAACUGGAGAAGAAGAACUUGCUGCUAGCUCCCUUCUGCGGCGACACAUCCUGCGAGGAUAAGAUUAAAGCGGACAGCGCGCGCGGGGAAGAGAACGAGGCCGAGCCUGGUGCACCGUCCAUGGGUGCCAAAUCUCUGUGCAUACCUUUCGAGCAGCCAUCAAAUAUUACCGACACUGACAAGUGCAUCAAUCCCAGCUGUACGAACAAGCCCAAGUUCUACACAUUGUUUGGUCGCAGCUACUAAUGGAUCACAACUUUGAUUACCAAUUUGUACUCAAUAAUUGGACCUCGCUUUUCUCCAGACUUUGUUCAAAUCCUUAUUUAAUUUCCUAAAUAGUAACUCAACA